GUGUGUGUGUGUGUGUGUGUCGCUCAGUCCAGUCGCGCUCGGAGGAUCUCCACGACUGGUUUCAUCUGGAGCUGCGGAUCUGAUCUCAGGUUCACUUUUUAAACUCCGCCAUUUUAGGUGUAAACUGAGGCUCAGUCAUGAGCAUGUACGGGUCGCAGCGCGGGGCUCAACAUGAUGGGACGCCGCACGGGAUCGCGCAGCGAGAUUAACGCGACGCCCGCGUAUCCGUACGCGCGCAGUGAGGUGGUGGUGCAGCAGCGGGGGAAUAAUGGGUACACACAGGAAUAUGUGGAGGGAUACAACCAGAGUUUCUCCAGAGGCUCGAUGAGCGCGGGACAAGUUCCUGCCAUGCAGUCGCUGCAACAGCAGAUCUCGUUUCUGCAGGCCCAGUGUCAGGAAUACCUGGACAAGACUGCAUUCAUAUUUAAGUCUGGCGGAGAUGCAAACGCUUUCAUGGAGGCUCAGAGUUAUCUGGGGUCCGCUGCUGAUAUCAAUGACCAGCUCAGACUCAUUGCCUCGGACCUUCACCAGCAGAACCUGCCGUCGGAGAGUGUGAUGCAGAGGCGAGACACACUCAUGCAUUUACAUGUUGUGUAG